CUUUGUACUUGCCGAUGAUCUUUCGGACUUCGGCACACAGGCACGGCGGUGGUGCUGCCUCAAGAGGACCCUGGCUGGCGCAGGCCGAGCAGACUGCGUGAUUGGACGCACACCAAUUGUCCAUGCACACGAUACACUCCUUCACUUCACGAGGCGGAUAUGUCGAAGGACGCUGGAACUCGUGGCACAAUGAAAGGUCAGUCCCCUCUUCAGAUGGUUGCUUGGAAUGUGCUACGUAAGCACAUAUGUGGACCCGUGAAAGAAGGGCGGGCGACGUCAACGAAGUGCGGAGAAGCUGCACUCGCCCAAACAAUCAACUCGACUGAAUAUACUUCGACACCCAUCGAUUCACGAACGAGUCCUGAAGCAUUCCGCUGUGGACGACGGCAUGAUACUAGAGUUAUAAGAACACACAUGCGUUAUUAGGACUUUGAGUCUUGACGAGAUGAAUGGCCGUAACAAAGAUCAAAUGUCGCCCAACCCUAACGAGCCACAUCCUACUUGGCAUGGCUGGUGUGGACGGAGAGAGUUUGAGCAGGAACUUGACGACAUCGACGUGAUGGUUCGCGCAGCUAAACGGAGGAUGGACAACCCCAUCACAUUCACGGCAUUCACGGACGCCCCCUUUGACACGAGAAGCCGAACGCAGUCGAGGUACGCGCUCGCCCACGCAGCCAGAAGCGGUGUGUCGAGGAGCUCCAGCGCGCUUGCUUCACUGCCCACAUGCUCUUUCAGUACUGACAAAGCGUCGUACUUGGCGGCGAAGAAUCCAACUUGACGUGGCUCCCAUGCCUGCAACGGGUGUUGGAAGCGCCCCACCGCC